CCUUCCACCACUGGAGCGGCUCCUACUCGCGAACAGCAGAAGCAGCUCGGGGUCUCUCCGCCAACCCCUUGGCCAUGGCCGCGGUGCUGACGGCGCCCGCUCCCCUACGAUCCCCGGGCCCCCGCCGUGGUCGCCGAAGCCGCAGCAACCUCUGAAUCCCAGGGGCCGCCGCCGCCAGUACCCACCCGCCCGCCCGGAUCCCGCCCGCCGCCGCCCCUCACCAUGCUACCUGCGGCCGCCCCUGCGAGGCCGCUCGCUGCUCGUGGAACCCUCGCUCGCGGUGUUGACAGCCACCCCUGCGGAACGGCCGCGCUUGAGGGCAAUUUGAAAAUACAGUAGUUGGUUUCCCUGCACCCGACCUGCUUCUUCGUUUGCCAUCCGAGCACGCCUAUCGGAUCUGAGUGGAGAAGUUGUCCGCUGCUUGGGGUCUCCCUCUCUAUACGCCUAACACUUACCUAUAUUUCUAGAACAUUUAAUAUAAUUAACAAAAGAAAAGGAAGAAAGGAAAGGAAACAUUACUGGGUUACUAUGCACUUGCGACUGAUUUCUUGGUUUUUUAUCAUUUUGAACUUUAUGGAAUACAUCGGCAGCCAAAACGCCUCCAGGGGAAGGCGCCAGCGAAGAACGCAUUCUAACGUCAGUCAAGGCUGCCAAGGAGGCUGUGCAACGUGUUCAGAUUACAAUGGAUGUUUGUCAUGUAAGCCCAGACUAUUUUUUGUUCUGGAAAGAAUUGGCAUGAAGCAGAUUGGAGUGUGUCUCUCUUCAUGUCCAAGUGGAUAUUAUGGAACUCGAUAUCCAGAUAUAAAUAAGUGUACAAAAUGCAAAGCUGACUGUGAUACCUGUUUCAACAAAAAUUUCUGCACAAAGUGUAAAAGUGGAUUUUACUUACACCUUGGAAAGUGCCUUGAUAAUUGCCCAGAAGGGUUGGAAGCCAACAACCAUACCAUGGAGUGCGUCAGUAUUGUGCACUGUGAGGCCAGUGAAUGGAGUCCUUGGAGUCCAUGCAUGAAGAAAGGAAAAACGUGUGGUUUCAAAAGAGGGACUGAAACACGGGUCCGAGAAAUAACACAGCAUCCGUCAGCAAAGGGUAACCUGUGUCCCCCCACCAGUGAGACAAGAAAAUGUACAGUGCAAAGAAAGAAGUGUCAGAAGGGAGAACGAGGAAAAAAAGGAAGAGAGAGGAAAAGGAAAAAACCUAAUAAAGAAGAAAGUAAGGAUGCCAUACCUGAUAACAAAGGUCUGGAACCCAGCAGAGAAACUCCAGAACAACGAGAAAACAAAGACAAACAGCAGCAGAAGAAGCGAAAGGUCCAAGAUAAACAACAGAAAUCGGUAUCGGUCAGCACUGUACAUUAGAGGGUCCCAUGAGAUCGUUGUAAACUCAUGAUGCUGCUAUCUCAACCAGAUGCCCAGGACAGGUGCUCUAGCCAUUAGGACCACAAAUGGACAACGUGUCAGUUACUGCUCUGUCUCAACAACAUUCCAGAUAGUUGCUAUAUUCUUUGUACAAGCAUAGCUAACAACAAAGAGCCAAAAGUUCAAAGAAGGGAUGUUUUCAAAUGGUUAUCUAACACGCUUCUGUGCAUUUCUAAGAGACAAGAAAUUUUGUAUAUAAUUAUCAAUAGGCUAUAAGAUGUAACAGCAUAAUGAUGACAUCUGGAGAGCGACAUCUUUUUCCCUAUAAAAAUAAUUUUUCAAGCUAUUGCUUUAAGAAGCGAAAGAUAGUUCUGCAAAUUCGAAGAGGCAAUAUCCCUUCAAAGUCAAUAAGAGAUCAGGGAAGAGAAACAUCUUUCAAAGAACAGUGUUGUUUUGUCCAGAUCUAGAGAGUGCUCAGACAUUAGGGCCCGGCAUUUGGAAUCGUAGGAAUUACUACCACCGAAACGACCGUUUUCAGAUUGGUUCUAUUGCCUUCACCCUGUCCUUCGGCAAGAAACAUGAGAAUGUACACCAGAGUUAAGCAUACUGUGUGGGAUUGGGAAAAGGCAAAAUGUGGAAGAAACCAUAGCGUUGGAGAUGACUUCUGUGCUUUACAAAACUGUGAAGGGUUGUGAUUACCUGGAACAGGUCUCUAAUCGAUAUCAGCACUGUGUGGUUCAGCCUCUGCUACCCCUUGGGUUAUAUAAGUCUAUAAACAUGUACUUGUAAGUUCCAAAAGCAAAAUCAUACUUAUUAGAAGAAAAUUCUGAUUUCACAGAAAAACAAAAACUAGAGCAAGGAGACUAGAACAUGUUUGCAAAAUCAUGUGGUUUCUGCAGGAAAAACAUUCUAUUACCACCUGGAACUAACAGGGGAUACUACUUUCUAACAAGGUGUAUCUAGUAGGGGGGAAAGCCACCACAAUAAAUAUAUUUGUUGAUAGUUUU